AUGCAUAUAUAUAUGCAUAUUCUUGUGGUGAAAGUACUCCGCUUGAUGCCGAACCAUGGAAAGAGUAAGGCAAAAGGGACGGAAGAAAAGAAAGCUCGCCGCCGCAACAGUGCGGUUGCAAAGGACGAUAGCGCCAACAAUGUCCGGAGCGACCGUAAGGUGAAUGAUUCAGUCAAGUCGGCUCCAGCACCGGAGCAGCGCUUGCAGUUGUCCCUUGACCGUUCUGUAUUUAGUUCGUCACAAUUCUCCGCCCCGACGUUCGUUAACAACAUCACAAAUAGAGUUUUGUUUCCCCUGCUUAUGUCCCGCGGCUGGAAAGAAGAAACCGCGGGGGGGAUGAAGCGUUUCACCGAGAACGGUGUGGUUGGAAGUACCACCACCCGAGCUGAUGCAGAAGCAGGGCAAGCGCAUGGUGAGGAGGGGAGCACCGGGAGUGACCGGGGAGCUGUCGCCACUAGUCUUACGACAACUAUUGCGGCCGCUCUCCGCGAAAUCGAGAAAAUGCAGGAAACUGAGGAGCAAUCGCUCCAACUCCACGAAGUUCGUUGCCGUCGUUUGGAGAUUAGGGAGAAACGAAAACUCGCUACAGUACGGCUGGGACUAGAGGAUACAACAGCGCGGCUGCACGACUACGAGUCGCGUGUGUGCAACGCCGCUGCUGCAAUCGCGGGUAUUGAGCAACACCUCGCCCAAUCGAACGCCCGAGUGCUUCGCGGCCGAUCGGUUUCUGUCCUUCUAAAUCACUUCCGUAUGCUUACAGCAAUACAAAAGAAGGACCUGACCAGCGCACUUAAGGGUCUGAAAAAGGCUCGGGCAGAGCAGAGAGAGAAAAUAACCGCACAGUGGAAGACGUGUAGUGUAUUGCCGGCAGAGACCGUUUACUUCGACUGGGAUAUAGAUGCCAGUGCUAGAAGAGGCGAUGGGGUUGGGAUUUGUAGUGACUAUGAAAACGGCGUGAAGGACCGUACAAUGCGUGAUACCUACGAAGGCGAGAGUAGGCUGUCAAGUAGGAGGCACCACACGAGCAUCAGCUCCCGUGUGCACGGUCAGUCGGGCGGCACGUCGCGUGAAGGCCUUCACCAUCUUGAGGAGGCGGCGAUCGCCGCAGGUCUUGACCGUGCUUUUGUUGUGAGGAGUUCUACAGAAGCACAAGUGGAGUGGUGUCAGAGGCUACUGCAUUUGCGUGGGGAGCUCGAUGGGAUUGUGAAAAAUACGGCGAAUGUGGAUGUAUACGUGAACUGGCUAAGGGAAGAACUGAUGAAUGAUAUCUUCCACCUUGUGGAGUGCUUCAAUGGUGUUCAUGGCGAGCUUGCUGAAAUCGCAGCACAGGACCCAUAUGGUCGAACACUGCUUCGCACGAUGGAGUUCGUAUCCCGCCUGUACACUACCAUCACAACCUCGCAUGACGCAUUGUUGUUGGAUUUCUACAGCCAUACUAUCAGUCAAAUGUGUUCUUCACUCUUUAAAGAUUACUCCCCCGAGCCGCUGCGGGUUGUGCCGACAUUUGAAAAGGCUAAAAAAGGAUCUAGCAGUUCGAAGGCUUCGCAGGAACCCGUAAAUCAGGCCAACACGGCUAUGCAACACUACCGGACAUCGUUGGAAGGGUGCCUUCGUGGUGCAUUUAGCUUUUUUGUAUCUCGUGCGCGGCGGGAUGUUAUCAUCGUAGAAGCGAUAUUCGGUACAACAUACACAGCGAGGCACCAUCUGCUAACACAAAUGACGAAGGGUGUUGUAGAACCCUUCCUUGUGAACCAGAUGAAGCUCGCUGAGGAUCACGAACGGGAAAUAAGGGAGGCAGAGUCUAGACUUUCUCCAAGAUCCAGGAACCGUGCGGCAGCGCAAAUGGUCGAUGCGAUUACAUACAAGCACACCGUGCAAACAGAACUGUUUGUGUUGUUCCAAGAGUACGUGCAAGAGAUUCGGCGCACAUUCACCUGCGGCGAGGCAGAUUUCCUCGACAAGUAUGUGGACUCACUGUUUGGUACGAGUCGGGCUAGCUACUCAGAAGCCGAAUUGUUACGUCGCCACUAUUCAUUACUGGAGGAGUCAUAUGCACCGAAGCUUCGCAACGUCAGUGGGGAGGUCUUUGACCUCCGCAGCGAGCACAUGCAAAUGACGAAGGAGUUAGUUCAGUGUUUUGUUGAACUUUCAAAUCGGAUACGGAUUUACGCGCGACCAGAAGACGUUAGGGAAAGAAUGGUUGAGCUUGUGGAAACUACAUUGCAGCAACUGGGGAGGGUGCUGGAAGCAGAACUCCGCAAAACUGUUGAUUUUAUGAGAAAUAGUCGUGAUACUUGGCGAUCAAAGCCAAAGAACGAGGAAGACAUAUUACGUAAUAUCGAUAGCGAGCCCCAGCAGUGUGGAUUGCGCAUGUUACUGUUCGCUCAGUCCACGAUGAUUAGCCUAGACGACGCUAUAGCAGCAAGUUGUGACCAUCUGUUACAACAUGAACCACAGUUUGUUACCACCAUCGAGGCGAAGAAGGUGGCUGCCUUCCAGGCUCUUGACGAAAGAGCGGAGUUGCUGCUGAAUUUCUGUGCACAUGCCAUUGUGGUACGCUCCCUUUCUAUACUACUUCACUUCCAGCAUCGGAAUGACUACGUCCCUAAAGUAGCGAAAGGAGGAGAAGGCGAGGUGAUCGCACCACCGUGUACGGGAGCCUGCUCACUUUUUUGCAAAUAUGUCGCACAAGAGUUUGAAAGGGCAAAGGAGUUCAUCAAAAUGUCAGGGGGGUUGGCAUCGCACCGAAACACGUCGCCACAAGCUCCUGCCGCCGAACAACUCCCCCCAUCGAGCCAGUUCUUUUCGUCAGGCUCGAUGCCUUCCGGUCAGCAUAUGUGGUCACAGAACUAUUGCCUAUACAGCAGCGGCGUAUGCAGCAGUGGCAAUAUGGGUAGCGCCCUCGGACCAACGGCCCAAAUAGAUUCUCCGGAUGGCGCGCGGCAGCGUGCUCGGCAGAUGAACUUACAGCAGUUGCUGUACGGCGAUGGGGGCGCUUCUUCUUUUGUCCGCACCGUUGGGGUGUGUCUCUAUCGUGGUAUCAGCAUCCAUCUAAAAGGCUUUUCUGUGUCAGACCGUGGGGCUCUUGUUUACAAGCGGGAUGUGACAGCUUAUGUGGAGGCGAUGGCGCCGCUCACGCGGGUACCAGGUCUUGAUGGAGCGGUCAUUGAUGUUCUUUUCCGACUGUUAAAGGAAACAGCGAGCCUGUUAAUUAUGCCUCCGGAUCACAUUAAAGGAGUGUGGGACACAGGCUUGUUGAGGCUUUUGAGUCAUGAUGAGAAGGUUCAAUUCGUUAAGAUGAGGGUGGAUCUGCACGACAAGUUUCGUGAUGUUGUGAAGUGA